AUGUAUUUACAGAGAUGAUUAUUUUCUACAAAUGCUAAAGAUAUUGCUAUUUUAUAUUUUAUUUUUAGUACAUUUUGUGGAUUAGCAGGUACAGCUAUAUCAUUUAUUAUUAGAAUAGAAUUAUCAGCACCUGGUCAACAAUAUUUACAAGGUCAAAAUCAAUUAUUUAAUGUAUUAGUUACUGGACAUCUUAUUUUAAUAGUAUUCUUUUUAGUAAUACCUAUAUUAAUUGGUGGUUUUGGUAAUUAUUAUUUACCAUUAAUAAUUGGUGCUUCUGAUAUAUCAUUUGCUAGAUUAAAUAAUAUUUCAUUUUGACUAUUACCACCACUAUUAAUUUGUUUAUUAACAUCUACUAUAGUUGAAUCUGGUCUAGGUACUGGUUGAACUGUUUAUCCUCCUUUAUCUUCUAUUCAAUCACAUUCUGGUGCUUCUGUUGAUUUAGCUAUUUUCUCUUUACAUUUAACUACUAUUUCUUCAUUAUUAGGACUUAUUAAUUUUAUUGUUACAGCUUUAAAUAUAAGAACUAAUGGUAUAACUUUACAUAAAAUACCUUUAUUUCUAUGAUCAAUUUUAAUUACUGCUGUUAUAUUAUUAAUAUCAUUACCAGUAUUAUCAGCUGGUGUUACUAUAUUAUUAAUAGAUAGAAAUUUUAAUACAUCAUUCUUUGAAGUACAAGGUGGUGGUGAUCCUAUUUUAUAUCAACAUUUAUUUUGAUUCUUUGGUCAUCCUGAAGUAUAUAUUAUAAUUGUACCACUAUUUGGUAUAAUAUCACAUAUUGUAUCAACUUAUUCUAAAAAACCUGUAUUUGGUGAAAUUUCUAUAAUUUAUCUAAUAGGUUCUAUUAGUUUAUUAGGUUUCUUAGUUUGAUCUCAUCAUAUGUAUGUAGUAGGUUUAGAUCUUGAUACUAGAGCUUAUUUUACUUCAGCUACUAUAAUUAUUCUUAUUCCUACUAGUAUUAAAGUAUUUAGUUGAUUACUAACUAUUUAUGGUGGUUCAUUAAGAUUACUAACACCAAUAUUAUAUCUAUUAUCAUUUUUAUUUUUAUUUACUGUAGGUGGUUUAACUGGUGUAGUAUUAGCUAAUCUAUCAUUAGAUGUAGCAUUCCAUGAUACUUAUUAUGUAGUACUACAUUUCCAUUAUGUAUUAAGUUUAGGUGCUGUAUUCUCUAUGUUUGCUGGUUAUUAUUAUUGAAGUCCUCUUGUUUUAGGUUUAAAUUAUAAUGAAAAAUUAUCACAAAUUCAAUUCUGAUUAAUUUUCUUAGGUCUUAAUAUUAUUUUCUUCCCUAUGCAUUUCUUAGGUAUUAAUGGUAUACCAAGAAGAAUUCCUGAUUAUCCUGAUCUAUUCCUAGGUUGAAAUUUAGUAUCUUCAUUUGGUUCUAUAAUAACUAUUAUAUCAUUAAUGUUAUUCCUUUAUAUUAUUUAUGAUCAAUUAAUAAAUGGUUUAACUAAUAAAGUUAAUAAUAAAUCUAUUAAUUAUAUAAAACUACCUGAUUUUAUUGAAUCAAAUAAUAUUUUCUUAAUGAAUACUACUAAAUCAUCAUCUAUUGAGUUUAUAUUAAAUUCACCACCUCUUAUUCAUUCAUUUAAUACUCCUCUAAUUCAAUCUUAA